AUGGCGAUUGCGACAGCAACAGAUUCGGUGACUCCAAACUAUGAGCGCUUGUACUGGGAGAAAGCGCGCAAGGCCUUCAAGGCUGGUAGACUUGACAAAGAUGGAGAGAAGACGGAGAGCAAAAUCGACGAUUUUCUGAAAGAGAGAUCUACUCCACAGGAGGCGCGAGAACUAUGCAAAGCUACUAAGCAAGCUGCUGGGGAGGAGUAUUCAGCAUCUCUAGGUGGCAUUCUCGAGAAAAUCGAGAUCGCAAUGCAAGUUGGUGAUUUGGCAAUUAAGAGCGCACCAGAGUCUGUUGGGCUUGCGUGGAUGGGAAUCCGGCUAUGCUUGCACUCCGUUGCAGACGACUUCUCUACCUUCAGCAUCUUUGGCCAGGCCUGCUCAGACAUAAUUGGGAUCAUGAUAUCUUGUGCCGUCUUUGGGAAGAUGUAUGGACCCUCUAGAGGCGUCAACUCCUUUCACGAGAUCCAUUCACAAGUAACGGACAGAAUUCCUAAAGUCUACACAGAGAUCUUAGAUUUUUCAUAUUCCGUGAAGAAACAUAUGGGCCACAAUAAAGCAUAUCGCAUUGGUAAAGGCUUGCUGGUUCAAGCUUCUACGAGGUUCGAGGCUAAGAUAAAGUCGAUUAAGAAUCAUGACACUACUAUGGCCGAGUUCGCUCGAAGAGCUUACGAACAACUGUCUGACUACUACCUACGUACGGGUUUGACUAACCAAGAAGCAAUGAUGGGCGAUCUGACCAAGAUCAAGAGCAAGAUGGAAAUGUCGUUACGCAUAAAUCAGGACAACGCCGAUCAGAUGCGAGUUCUUAUUGACGAGAUCAAGAAGAGGAAAGAGAUGACACCACACGAUGUUGCUGUCAAGAACUACGAAGAGAACAUGAAACAGUUUGGCGGGUCUAGUGAUCAGAAAGCAGUAUAUGCAGCCAAAAUCUCGAGAAGAUCUCCCCCACAGACUUGUACUUGGAUCUUUGACAUGGAGUUGUUCAAAUCCUGGUAUGUCUCAGAGAAGAGCAGCGUCCUAUGGGUAUCAGGAGGGGGUGGUUUCGGCAAAUCCAUUCUGAUGUCUGCCAUCAUCAACGAACUCCAGGACCGGGCCAAGGACACCGGAGCACAUGUUCAGUAUUUCUUUUGCAACGCUGGUGAUGAGUCGACGAAGAGGACUGAUCGAAUUCUGAAGCAUUUACUCUAUCAGAUGUACAGUCUAUUGGAGCAUCACUCGACAGAAGCGCUCGAGAAAGCGAACAAGCUUGUGUCUAAUUUUCUUAAAAACAGGUCAACCUCCUCCAAGGAGAGCAAAGGCGACAACAAAAAGGACGAUGUUGACUUUGCUAAAGUGUUUAGGGGACUUGUCGGACUAGUUGGAAAACCCAUCUUUAUCGUUGUUGAUGCUCUGGAUGAAUGCAUUGAUCGAUCCGAGGGUUUACUGAGCUCGCUCAAGUAUCUCGUGGAUGGAUCUACUUCAAACAUUAAGUUAGCAAUCUGUAGUCGGCCUGAGGCAGAUAUUGAGACUGCCUUUGAACAAAUCCCUAGAAUCAAAGUAGAAGGGAACAAUGGGCCGGACAUCAAACUCAAUGCCCAAAGUGAGCUAGCAAGACUCCCUGGGCUGACGUCACACGAGCGAGCAACAGCGUGUGAUAAGAUUGUAGAGAAAGCUGGAAGCUUGUUCCGAUAUGUCGAGCUGGCGGUCAGAUUCUUGAAACAGCCCUGGCAGCGUCCUCUCGAGCGACAUCUAGAACAGCUCCCUAUUGGUCUCGAGGCAGCUUACGAACAGACCGUUCGAAAUAUCGACCCUGCGUAUUUAGAAUUGUUGAAGACCUGCUUGACAUGGACUUGUCUUGCUGAAGGACAGAUUCGUGUCCCAGAAGUGAUCGAUGCUUAUAGUCGUAAGUAUGUCGUAGAACAAGAAUCUCAUGAAGCUGGGGAUGUAGAGUCCAUUGAAGAGCCAGAAGCUCAAGAGGAUCUGCAUGUGGAUCAAAUUCGAACCGCUGGAUCUGCCUUCUUAGAGGUCGAUUCCAUGACUCGGGUCAUCCAGUUGAGACAUGCCACUGUAGCGGACUAUUUUCUUGGAGCAAAGCCUGAAGUCCAAACAGAAGAGCAGUGCCUAUGUAAAAACUGCACAAGAACAGGGAACAGCCAGAAGUCUUUUGCUCUAUCAGAGAAGCAUGGGCACUUAACGAUGGCUACGACUAUACUCAAGCAUUUGUCGUGUGAAUCUUUCCGCCAGGAAUUCCUUGUGUCUUUCGAAAGGCGCGAUGUCAAGGAGACGGUGGAUACUCAUGAUAAAUCAGGAGAAGAAGAAGAACAACAAGAACAACAACAACAGAACGACGAAAGCGAAGCUAAGAACGUAAAUACUAACGACGGUGAUAUGACGGUCGAGCCUACUCAAAGCUCAGAAUUACCACCUUCAGGGACAGAAGAUGGUAAAUCAUCAGAGGAACCGAUUAACACGGGAAAUACUACCACCGACCAAAGUAGCGAAAAGGAACAAGACGCAGAAUCCGAGAUCGCAUCUGCCACAGAUAGCGAUGCUGAUAUAGAUCCUCUGGAUCCUGUCCAGGCUGACUCUGACGAUGUACAGGAUCCAGGAGCUCGCUUCAGGUACGAGAUCCACUACUUUCAGUUUCACAUGUGCAAGGUCGAGGAGCUGUGGGAAGCGGAAGACCGAAAGGGUCCGGAAUGGGAAGAGUAUGAAGCUCUUCAGGAUUCAUUCUUCGUCAAGGACUCUCCCUUCUUUCAGUCAUGGAUCAACCUCAAAAACCAAGCGCAGGGCAGUGCAAUUUCAUGGAUAUUUGAUAUCAAAACUAUUCAUCCCAUACACAUAGCCGCGGCAUACGGGCUGACCAGUUUAGCUGGGCGACUCAUCGAGCGGGGUGCAGAUCUUGCAGCUGUCACAGAUGAAGGCUACACAGCACUUGAUUUUGCUGUUGAGCAUUACGGCUUUUCCAAAACGGAAGAAAGAGCCCACAAGAAUGUCCUAAGACUCCUUGAGCUUCUUUUGAAAGCAGGUUCCGACCCCAAUAACCUCGACAAAAGGACGGCGCGUACUCCCUUUUUACGCUUGUUCUGGCAGAACCCUAAAAUUGAAGCCAUCCAGAUAUUCUUGGACAAUGGCGCUGAUGCCAAGGGUGUUGACCUGGCCUGGGGUGCAGGCUCUCUGCACUAUUGCUGUGGCAAUUGUGAUGAUCCAGCUGUACUUAAGGCACUUUUGGCUGCAGGUGCUGAUCCGAACCUCGAGGACAAUAGUGGUGAAACACCAUUACAUUUCCUGAUGAUGACGUGGAAACAGGAUUCACCCCUCGAGCUGGUAGAUAUCAUGAUCAGCGGUGGUGCCAAUGUCAACGCGGAGGAUAAGACCGGACAGCGGCCACUAUACGAGCUUUGUUGGUCUGGAAAUGUUGAAGUCGCCAAGAUAUUGAUCAAGAAUGGUGCUGACGUGACAGAUGAUGAUGUCAAUAAAAUCACCGCUUUGCACAUGGCCUGUCGAGCAGGCAAUACAGAUCUCGUGCUUCUUCUUAUCGAACAUGGAGCUCAGAUGUCAGCCGUGGAUGACAGAGGCUGCACUCCUCUAUACUACAGUUGUGAAGCUAAAACAGAUACAACAGCUCUUGCGCUGAUAGAUAGGCUUGGCACUGAUGGUCUCACCGUACUGGGACUCGCCAACUCUGAUGGAAAAUCGCCUAUCCGGAAGGCCGCAGCGCGGGGACACCAUAAAAUCGUCGAAGCAUUAUUUGAGAAGUUGGGUUUAGACAUAGCUGUUCUUGAGACUCAAGAUAAGAAACAGCAAUGGACACCCCUACAUGCAGCUGCCCACAAUGGCCAAAAGGAGGUCGUUGAAUUCAUCUUAAGCAAAGGCGUGAAUAUCAACAUUCUUGAUAGGAGAGGGGACACGCCACUCAAAACAUGCUUAGCAUCCUGGAGAGACACUAGGACACAGGAUUACGAAUUUGUUGCGCUCAAGCUGUUAGAUGCGGACCCGUCUAAGAUUAGUGGAACCGAACUCUUACAUUCAGCUGCAAUAAGAGGAAAUUUGGCAGUUCUCAACAAAUUAAUGGAUAAAGGUGCCGAUCCGUUACUACAGGAUGAACACGGUUGGACCUCCGUGCAAGUUGCUCGGCAAUGUGGGCAAGAUGAAGCCGCCUCUCUGCUAUCAUCGAAACGGGCUGUGACUGGCAUUCGACCUAGUGGGUUGGUGAAUACGCUACCGAAGAUCUUCGACGUCUCAGGGGACGGCACCAGCAUGACAGCGAUGACAAAGAAAUGCGAAGGCUCACUCUUGGCCAAUCAUCCCAUACCCGCCGGGAUAGACGGUUUCUACUAUGAGAUCGAAGUUGACUGCCCAAAUGCGCCAUCACCGGACGCCCCUGCAGCAGAGGAAUACCCGGAAGUUGCACUUGGUCUCUGUCCCCACACGGCCCGAACACGAGGCUGGCUUCCUGGCCGCAGCUGGCCUCGCAAUCCAGCUUGGGGAUACCACGGCGAUGAUGGAAGUCUGUGGCCUGUCGUUUCAGGUGACAAACCUCACGCAGGUCUGCAUGCAAGAGGUCACUUUAUUGGAAAUUUUGGCCAUGCAGACGUUGUGGGCUGCGGUAUCGAUUUCACAAAUAACAAAGUUUUCUACACCAAGAAUGGCGAACUGCUUCGGACCUUGUCUCAAGAGAAACCUCCCACUCAUUACGCUUUUGCCGAAGUCACCGGGCGUUUGUACCCUGUGGUUGGGACAUCGAGGCAGAACUUGACAAUCAAAGUCAACUUUGGCGGCGACCUGGAGACCAAGCCGUACAAGUGGACGCCCGGUAAUGCAACUGAUUGUGGUAGCAAGUACCUCAGGGAGCUUGAGGAGGAUCUGAUCGCAAACCCUCCGAAGGUGGAACCUGAAAGGCCAACGAGUGCAUCCAGUUCAGCUAAAGCUGUGGAUGAGGAUGGAAAGGAAAGCGGUGUUGAAGCUGAUACUGCAGUCACUGUGGCUAUUGGCGUGCCGGAAAAGACAAGUGUGGACGUUCGUGUGAACGAUGUAGCUCAAGUCGCUGAUAAGUAG